AUGGUCUCUUUCUCUCUCUCUCUCUUUCUUUUGUGGCAAAAACAACUAGGUGGUGGCUGUGAUGUUCUUGUUCAGCCCCAGCCCCUUCACCUUCCCCCUCCCCCUCCCCCUCCUUCUGUUUUAGGUAACCAGACAACACCACCACAUCCACCCCCAUCUCUGCCUCCCUCAAUUCUCCCGGCGAAGAGACGCCGCAAGACCCCUCCCCGUCGUUCUGUUUCACUUAACCAGACAACACCACCACCUCCUCCUCCACUACCGCCACCACCCCCACCUCCACCUCCCUCAGUCCUCCCGGCGAAGAGACACCGCAAGGCCCCUCGCAAAAAUGGUGAUGAUCCCCCUCCUUUACCACCAUCUUUGCGUUGCUCGGAGAGGCCCCGCAACCGCAAGGCCCCCCUUAGAUUUGGCUACACUCACUCCUCCACCAUCUCCACUGCCCUCUAUUGA